GCCGGUAUCGAUAGUGGCCAGCAGCAGGAUAGGUAUUACCACGAUCGCUUGACUAGGAUGCGAAUCUGCUCAGUGCAUCUUCAGUCCUUUCCCACCGGAAUCUUUCAGAUGAAUACCAGUAUGUGGAUGGCGCUUCGUGUAUAUUGUACCCAGUACUAGAUGGCAGGACAACACUUCGCCCAAUCACCCAGUCACCCAGUCACCCAGUCACCCAGUCACCCAGUCACCCAGUCACCCAGUCACCCAGUCAUCCAGUCACCCAGUCACUCAGUCACUCAGUCACUCAGUCACUCAGUCACCCAAUCAAACAAUCCCCCAAUCAAACAUGGAAGAACGACUCACGACCAAGCUGCUGGACAGUGGACGGUGGUGGUGCACUCAGUCUACGCGAGCGAGCCAACGAAUUCUCGAAUCUCGAUUCUCGGGCUCGCCGAGAAGCGUGUAGAGAGCAUAACGCCCGCAAGAAAAACAAGGCCGCAAUAUCAGUCCAAACUUCCCCUUUCCAAACUUCCCCUUGCCAAAAAUGUUCGCCAACGUUGUAAGAUCAUAAUACCGCUCCAGAUCGAUCUCACCUCGUUUGUUUUUGCCGAUAUGUACCGUACAUUACUGGGUAUACAUAUGAUGUGAUGUGAUGUCUGUGUGUGUGUGUGUGUUCAAUUCGUGUGGGUGCACUGUGGGUGUGCAAGUUUACUGUGUGUG